UAUGGCAUCAAAGGCCAAAGCAGUUAAGUGCAGUGUAAACUGUGUAGCAUAAUAUUUUUAGAUGUAGAAAGUUGGUGUCAGCUGCUUAUUAUUUUUCAAAAUCGUGCACGUAACAGGUUAGAAUAGUACGAUUUAAUAUGCAGAACAACCCCCAGGAGCUUUCAUGGCAGGCGAUUCAGGCUAUUGUCGGGGUUAAACUUCCGCCUAAUGUGUUGCGAUUCGACGACAUUGAAUUUCAUUUAAUAAACUCAAGAUUAGGUGACGAAGAUUCGGAUUCUGAUGUUGAAAUUAUCGAAAAUGAUUGGGAGUCGGACAAUAACGUAUCGUCAAAGCCCGAGCAUUCGGACAACGAGAAACCUUCACCUGAGAGAGGGCAGAGUGAGUCACCUAUUCUACAUCUUGUAGAACCUGAUAAUAACAAUUCAGGAAAAGAUUUAUUAGACUAUAGAAACUAUCUAGCCAAAAUGGAUACCAAAGAUAUUGAAAUCGAUCAAACUAUUCUCAAUCAAAGCGACGACGCCGACAGCUCAAAUGGGAAUGUCAUGUCCAUUGAAAAUUAUUUAGAAGUAACUUUGUCUACAGACUCGGAGGCUAGUCAUACUUGUAGCCAGUGUAACCAAAUAUUUUCCAGUGAACAAUUGUUGUCAUCACAUAAUUGCAAUGCUAAACCCACCGAAGAGAAAAAAUAUCCAUGUCAUGUUUGUUCAGAAAAGUUCCCUAGCUAUUGGGAACUUAGAAAACACAUUAACAGUCAUUUUCCAGGAAUGUUGGAUUCUAAAUCAAGCUUUUGUCACUUGUGUCAGAAAGACUAUACAAAAACAGGAUUCAUGAACCAUUUGAGAAAGCAUACUGGAGAGCGCCCAUUUGUAUGUGAGUUGUGUCAUAAAGCAUUCUCCCAGUCAAGUUCACUCUCUAUACAUAUGAAGUUUCACCUCAAUGUGCGCAAACAUGCAUGCACUGUCUGUGAAAAGAAGUUUGUUACCAAAAGUGAGCUGUCACGUCACAUGACUGUUCACACCAAACAAAAGUCAUAUUACUGUGGUGUCUGUGAUAAAGCAUUCACUCGUUCUGAUAAUAUGAAAAAACAUGAGAAAACACAUGGAUAAUAAUGAGCAUCAACUAUAAAAUUCUUUGAGGAAAAAAUUAGCUGUGCUUAUGUUUAUAUCAAAUUUAUGAUGCCUUUUCUAAUGAAGCUUAGAUUCUCCCAUUGCCAAAAAUUUAGUCAUAAUUAAUAUUUAUAGAAUAUUAUGUUUUAUACCAAAUUGAAAAAAUUCUUUCUAGUUCAUAUUAUAAUUAGUCAUUAUGGUGUGUUAUUGUGAGUGAUUCUACUCUUAUAGUGUGCUGCUGUAUUUGCUUUUGAGUUAGGUUUUAUUUAUAAAUUUAGUUAUUUUUGCAUGUUCAGUAAACCUAGUAAGUAGUUAUAAAACCUUUGCAGGUGCUGUAUUGUAAAAUGUCACACAUAUCUCGACCCAAUGUUGCCUUUUUAGAUAUGAUAAAGUGAUAUUUAUGUGGAUAUAGGUCAAACGUCCAAAGAUUCAGAUAGCCAAGCUGUAAUGUUUGUAUAAGAGAUAGGAGAAAUAUUAAUACAUUUGGGGCCUUCUAUAAAACUUGUCACAAAUUGUUCCUGCUUCUAAUUGAAAGCUUUAACAACUCAAUAUAUUUUUGUAUAUCUUUAAAGCAUUUUUGUGCUAGUGAAGUGUACACAUUGCCAAAAUUUAGAUAAGAUAAAAUAUUAUUCUUAAUAUACUGUGCUGUAACCAAAGCAAUAACUAACUAAUGUGCCUAUUUCUAUAUAUUUACUUUAAGUAAUAUACCAAAUACAUAAUAUAUUUUAGAUAUUAAAAGUUUAAUAAAGUAAAUAUUAUCAUAUAUUUAUGCCAAAUGGAAGUCAAUUACACUUUUUAACUGUAAUUAGAUAAUAGGGCACUUUGAAGUUUUUCCUGUUGACAUGGUCUCAAACUGUAAAUUUAGCAUGAAAUUAAUUUAGAUUUAAAAUGCUAUUUAUUAAUGAACUUAAAUUUGCAUCACAAAUUAUUGUUUAAUUAUACAUGUUUCUGAUUCUAUAGUUUUAUAUUUUUCCAUGUAUAGAAUGACAUCAAUUAGGUAUUGACUUAGUAAAUUGUUGUAAUCCCAAAGAUUGGCUAAACACCAAAGUUAUUUAAAUUUAAGUCAUUCUAUGUGCCACUUCAUUUAAUUUUACUUGGUUGUUAAUACCAAUAACAUUAUAUCUAUUUUAUUGACAACAUUUUGUAUUUAGGUGUAGACAAUAAUUGCAUAUUAUUUAUUAUACAUUUAAUUUUAGGGGUUUAUAUGCAUGACUUGUUCAUAGUUUUAAGGUUGAGCCAAAUGGAAAAGAACACAAAAAUCUACAAGACUGACAAUAAUAUUCAGAGUAGAUAUUAACUUCUGCACAAAACACUAUUUAUUGAUGCCUUCUUACUGCGAUAUUUAUAUAAAGUGCACCUUGUUAUAAAACUCAUCAUGACAAUUAGAAUAAGAUCCGUUUAAUAUAAUAUAUAAAUA